AUGUCCUGUGAGACGAUGGAGGAACACAAUGCACCGGGGUUGUGGGAGACCCAUGUGGUACCUAUUUUUAUAAUUACUUCAGCUGUAACUGUGUACGCGUGGUCUGCUUCAUUCGCGCAUUGUUUGCCAGUUUUGGUGCAGUUCGAGUCGUUCAUCCGAGUGCCGGAGAUAUUCUUCGCAAUGAUCGGAGUAGCACGCUACGGUGAACCGAAGGGUACGCUACGUGCUCGGCUGAAGCAGCUGCUCUUUUGGUCGUCUUGCGCCAACACCGGUUUUUGCCUGGUGAUCGAGCACAUCUACUUCGUUAAAGCAGCUGGGAACUUUACCAAUUUCCUCCAGUUGACGGCUUUGGCUCCGUGUAUGGGAUUCACCGCGUUGUCCUUCGUGAAAAUCAUGACGAUCAAACUGAAUGAGGUGAAGCUAACCGGCAUGCUGCACCGGCUUGAUGCGCUGUUCCCGAAAUCGAUCACUCUGCAGGACCGCUACGGAGUGUUUCAGUACAACCGUGAGUCACAGGUCGUCAUGAAAUCGUUCUCGAUCCUGUACAUGAUCCUCAUCUGGAUGUUCAAUCUACUCCCGUUGGUAUCGAUGCUGGUGGGUUACUGCACGGAGGGCACCUGGCACAAGCAGCUGCCCUACUUCAUGUGGUACUGGUACGAUUGGCACCGGCCGGGCUUCUUCGAGGUGACCUUUCUGCACCAGAACUGGGGUGGAUUUGUUUCAGCCGUCUUUUACCUGUCCACCGAUCUUAUGUUCUGCGCCAUCGUGUUGCUGAUCUGCCUGCAGUUCGAUAUCGUGGCAUACCGGCUAAAACACGCUCUGCCGGACGAUCACCGGGAGUUGAUCGACUGCGUUCAAAUCCACCAGACUGUGGUCGAGCUGUGCAACGAACUCGAACACAUGUUUUCGCCCUCACUACUGGUGAACUUUCUCAGCAGUUCAGUUAUCAUUUGUCUGGUUGGGUUUCAGGCCACGGCCGGUAUUACUCCAGCGGAUCUGUUCAAAUUUGUACUUUUUCUUGUGUCGUCGUUGGUGCAGGUUUUUCUGUUGUGUUAUUACGGCAACAAGCUGAUUGUGGCGAGCUCCCAGAUACCCUACAGUGCGUUCGAAGGACAUUGGAUCGGAGCAUCGACUUCCUAUCAAAGAUCGCUGCUGUUUAUUAUGUUACGCUCAACCACACUUCAGAAGCUAACCGCUCUCAAAUUCUCCGUUGUUUCGCUGGCAAGCUAUUCGAAGAUACUUAGCACAUCCUUCUCGUACUUCACGCUCCUUAAGGCUAUGUAUGAACCGACCGCGAAAUAA